UCCGCUCAGCGUUGCUGUUGUGAUUUCUUUGAUGACGAGCUUUAAUUUUGAUCUCAACAAUGACUGUUCACCUUUCUCUAGAAGCCUCUAAGCUAUGGAGAAAAAUAUGCGUCGAAGCGUCCAUAGAAGUUUCGCUUCUUGCCGGAAGCUGGAAAUAUAUCCUUGCUGGCGUUGUUUUUCAGUAUAUCCAUGGUGUGGCUGCUCAAGGAAUUCAUUAUUUGCACCGGCCCGGGCCAACACUCCAGGAUACUGGAUACUUUCUUCUUCAAGAGCUCGGUGAAGACAAAGCUUAUGUUAGCGAGACUGUUUUCUCCCUCAUAUUUUUUUCUUUUGUGCUGUGGACAUUUCACCCAUUUGUUUAUCAGAGCAAAAGGAUCUAUACAGUUCUGAUAUGGUGCAGAGUUCUUGCCUAUUUAGUUGCUUGUCAGUUCCUGAGGAUAAUCACAUUCUACUCGACUCACCUUCCUGGUCCCAACUAUCAUUGUCGUGAGGGUUCAAAACUUGCAAAGAUGCCUCCACCAGAGAGAUUAGUUGAAGUGCUGCUAAUGAACUUUUCAAAAGGGGUCAAUUACGGCUGUGGAGACUUGAUAUUUUCAUCCCACAUGAUAUUUUCUUUAGUAUUUACACGCACAUAUCAUAGAUAUGGUAUGGCAAGAUUUAUCAAAAUAUCUGCUUGGCUUCUUUGUGUAAUUCAGAGCAUCCUCAUCUUAGCAUCUCGCAAGCAUUAUACAGUAGAUGUCGUUGUUGCUUGGUAUACUGUAAAUUUGGUUACAUUUUUUAUUGACAGAAAGCUGGCAGGUUUGCACGAGCUGCGAGAGAGGCCUUCUGGCAUAAUGUCGCCAUCGCUUCUUCCACUGAGUUCCAAGGAAGAGUUUCAGAGGCUUAUGAACGGAAAUUAUAUGGGAAUAACCCAUUGAAGAUAUAAAGCUUAGAAGCAAAAGUUGUGAGUAUCUCUGGUAAUGAUUUUUCAUUUAGCUCUCUUCUUUACGUUUAGACAUUAGAGGGUG